CAAACUCCCAAAGCGCAGUUUUCGUUUUCCCCGCGGAUUUACAUGCAUUUUAUACCUUUCCUGUAAGACCGGCCUUUUAAAAUACGUUUCCCUCGCAUUAUCGUCUGAAAUAAGCGCAAAAAUUCGUACUUCCACGCCAUGGUUGAGAGAAUUGAAGAUCUGAACCUCCCGAACUCGGUGGUAACCCGUCUGAUGAAGGAAGCCCUUCCGUGCGAUGUGAAGAUAGCGAGCGAAUCGCGAACGGCUCUGACCCGUGCCACUUCCGUCUUCGUGCUGUACCUGACGUCGGCAGCGACCGCGGUGGCCGAGAAGAAGAAGCAAAAAGUCCUAACCGUGGAUCACGUUCUGGCCGGCUUGGAGGAAAUUGAGUUCGACAGUUUCAUAGCACCGCUCAAAAAGGAUCUGGAAAAUUAUCGAAAAACUAUGAAAAAUAAAAAGGAUAAAAAAGGAGACAAGCCGGAGAACGAGGAGCCUAUGGAAGAAGCCAACGAGGAAGAUUAAUUUUAACUCUUGAAUUUUAAGGUAUUAGGUGUAGUUUGGCUUUUUAAUUAAAUCUGAUUUUUGAUGUAACAACGACGUAGAAUUUAACAUUAAAUAUAGGUAAGUUAAGUAAGCACUUAAAAAAAAACUUCUACAGCAUUUCAA